ACUGUCGGAAAAUUCACACGAUCCCUUUUUUUUUUCCCUCAUAGCUUUCAGGAUCUAGUUUAGCACCCGGUCACCAAAACAAAAGAAAAGAAACCCAGUCUACUAGGUGUAAAAAAAUUUUUUUUUUAAAUGUGCAGGAAACGAAAAUGAAAACAAAAAUUUGCGCAAACGAACGGACGGUGGAUGGGGAGAGGACUUUCGGAAAAUUCACCUGAUCCAAUUUUUUCCCUCAUAACUUUCAGGAAAAUGGAUAUCUUUUAGUGAAAUUUUACAGAAACACCUUUCAAAUGGCAUAGAUUACGAUUAUAAAAAAAAUUUGAAGGGAAAAUGUUUUCUGAAAGGACUGUCGGAAAAUUCACACGAUCUGUUUAGCAUACUUUUCUUAUAGAAAAUAUAUUUUCUUACACACACAGCUUCUUUUUAUUAUUAUUGUUUAUAUUCCACCAAUAUUCCACAAAUUUCUUUAUCAUCAUAAUCUAUGCCAUUUGAAAGGCUUUGGAGAGGUUUACUUGAAAUCUAUCCCUCAUUUUAUUUUCAAUAUUGUCACAUUUGAAAACUAGUACUCGAGAAUGGAGAAUUUCAAUAUCUGUGAAAAUUGUAAUUUUGAUUACUAUGAAUGCAUCAGCACUUUUCGUUGUAAUGAUCAAAAGUCAGUUGAGAUCCUUCGUUCACACGGAGUAUUACGAAACAGUGAUAUGCCAACAUUGAAAUAAUGAUGGGAAAAUGCCUCACUCUAACAAUUUUGAAAAUAGCACACAUAGAAACAUACACACACAAAACAUUGAAAGACUGUAGAGAGACAUAAAAGAAUCAAUCCAAAAGCCAGGAAUUCGAUAUCAAAAUAUCUGCAACAAUAUUUUGCAAGAUAUUUAUUUAUGACUUCUCAACAUGAAGAAAGUUCUUCAUAGAGGCAGCCAAGUUAUACCUUCCUCUCUCGAAUUGUUGCCAUCAAAUAAUUAUCAACCAAGACAAAGGAUAUAUUUACUUGCAAAUGUCUUAGCAGAAGGGAAAAAUAAGAUCAGAAUUUUAAGUUUGAAGUUUCUAUGUUCAAAGAAUGUUUCAGAAAGCUGGAAAACGUUACAAAUGUAAUAUUUGUGGGAAAACACUUACUACAAAAUGUAAAUUAUCUAUUCACAAGUGCACUCACACAGGGGAAAAGCCAUACAAGUGUAAAAUAUGUGGAAAAGCAUUCUCUAAAACAGGUCAUUUAAAAGCUCACUUACAUACUCACACAGGAGAGAAGCCACACCACUGUGAAAUAUGUGGGAGAGCAUUUUCUACAAAAGGCAAUCUAACAGCACACACACUUACUCACACUAGAGAAAGGCAAUACCACUGUGAAAUAUGUGGGAGACCUUUUACUCAAUUUGGUAACUUAACAAGACAUAAACGUAUUCAUACUGGAGAAAAACCAUUCAAGUGUGAUGAUUGCGGGAAAGCUUUUUCUAAUGUGAGUGACUUUCAAAGACACAAAAGUGUGCACUCAAAGCCAUACCACUGUGAAAUAUGUGAGAAAACAUUUGCUGUUAAAUCUUCCUUGAUAGUACACAAACGUUCUCAUACUGGAGAGAAACCAUAUCAGUGUGAAACAUGUGGGAAAGAAUUUUCAGACAAACCUGUAUUAAGAAAGCAUAAACGUGUUCACACUGGAGAGAAACAGCACCACUGUGACAUAUGUGGGAAAGCAUUUCCUGAAAAAUAUGUUGUAACAAUACACAAACGCACCCAUACGGGAGAGAAACCAUAUCACUGUGAAGUUUGUGGAAGAAAAUUUGCUGAUCAGAGCAGCUUAAGAGGACAUAAACGUGUUCACACUGGAGAAAAGCCACACAACUGUGAAAUCUGUGGCAAAGCAUUUGCUCAAAAUGGUUCUUUAGUAAGACACAACCGCAUUCACACUGGAGAAAAACCAUAUCACUGUGAAAUAUGUGGAAAAUAUUUUUCAAAUAAUACCAUAUUAAGAAAACAUAAACGUAUUCACACUGGAGAAAAACCACAUCACUGUGAGAUUUGUGGGAAAGCAUUUUCUCAAAAGACUUUUUUAACAGUACACAGACGUACUCAUACUGGUGAGAAACCAUAUCACUGUGACGUUUGUGGCAAAGAAUUUUCAGAAAAGGGUAGCCUAAUAGGACAUACACGUAUUCAUACUGGGGAAAAACCUCACCACUGUGAAAUCUGUGGCAAAAGAUUUUCUCAAAUUGGUACUUUAAUAAGACAUAAACGCACUCACACUGGGGAAAAACCAUACAACUGUGCUACUUGCGGGAAAUCGUUUGCUCGUAGUGAUUAUAAAUAUACUCAUAAAUGUGCUAUUGAUAAUGGAAACAAACCUUAGCACUGUGUUUUGAAGGAAAGCAUUUUUUACAUAAUUUACCAGUUUUCUUACUCAAGCUUAUUCACAAGAAUAAAAUCAUAACUGUGACAUUUCUGGUGAAGCAUAUAUGAGAGAGUAUUAAAACAUAUGUUUAUUGGAUGUAAAAAAAUUUUUUAGAUGAAUAAUUUUCUGUGAGUCUUGCAUGGAUAACAAAAUAAUUUGAAGUGACAAAACAUUAACUACCACUAUUGUAAUGCAGAAAGAGUGAAACUAAGGGAAGCAACCCCAGUAUAGGACUCGCAUUUUAUUUAUCAACCUCGGUAGGAUGAAAGGCAAAAUUGAUGUUGACAGAAUUUGAACUCAAGACCCAAUGCUAGAAGGAUUAUUGCAAAGCAAUCAAUUUGAUGCUCGAAUGACUACCAACUGGUUUCCUUAUACAUGUAUAUACAGUUUUAAUGUAAAUUUUUAUACAUUACUCUUUUACUUGUUUCAGUCAUUUGACUGCGGCCAUGCUGGAGCACUGCCUUUUAGUCGAGCAAAUCGACCCCAGGACUUAUUCUUUGGAAGCCUAGUACUUAUUCUAUCGGUCUCUUUUGCCGAACCGCUAAGUUACGGGGACGUAAACACACCACCAUCGGUUGUCAAGCGUUGGUGGGAGGACAAACACACACACAUAUAUACGACGGGCUUCUUUCAGUUUCCGUCUACUAAAUCCACUCACAAGGCUUUGGUCAGCCUGAAGCUACAGCAGGAGAUACUUGCCCCAGGUGCUUUGCAGUGGGACUAAACCCAGAACCACGUGGUUGGGUAGCAAGCUUCUUACAACAUGGCUGUGCCUGUGCCUAUUUAAACUUCUUUUUAAUAAGGAUUCUUAUUUCUCAAAACUGACUCACCACAUUUUGCUAUAGAUGAGGCAUUCACUCCACUGACAACAGUAGCAUAUUUUCAUCCAACGCUCACAUAAGAGAUGCAUGCAUGGCCGUGUUGUUGAGAUGGAAAA